AUGGUGAAGGAGAGGGACGGUGGCGAGGGGAUGAUGGAGGGCAGAGGAAGAGGAGGGGAUGCAGAGGUCAAAGAACAGGAGAGCUGGAGCGAAGGGGGAGGGAGGUGUCGGCACCUGCAUCCGGAGCGCUCACGGGGCGGCCAUUGUUGCCCGCACAGUCGGCGGCCGUCGCCCCGGCAACGGGCGCUGCGGCAGCGUCUCCCACGGGGCGACAAUCAGGAAGCUGCCUGCAGGAGUGGGGCAGGAAACUGUCAGGCUGAGUUGAAGAUGAGGAGACGGGCAAGACCGCCGGUGAUCGCCGACACUUCCUGCGCAGCCCCCACGCUGGCCAACGGCGUCCACCCCCAGCGCAGGGGCGGGCACCCCACCUACCCACCAAGACGGGCUGUGACUGGCGCUGAGCCGCUGGGAAGCAUGCAAACACACAUAGACACGCACACGUUUUCUCACGCCAAUUUGGACUCUUGCGGUUCUGUCGGAGCCCAACAGUCCAGAACUCUACGCGCGACGUCACCUCAGGCCUUGUCUUUAGCGCUUGGCAAUCAUCCGACCUCGGCCAAUCAGGCAGCAGGGCGGACCCUGGCUGCAGAAAUGGAUGUACCGGCAAAUGUUUGUCCGAACGCGGGCUCGUCCCCUCUCAUUGUGGAGGCCGAGAGGAAGUAUGCGCUGCGCAGCUCCGGACGUUCCCGCUUCCCCUGUCACGUGCGCAAAUCCUCCCGCCUCCGUCGAACCCCGGAGGACGGCGAGAGGAGAGCGGAGAGGGAGAGAGCAGAUCAAGAGUCGGCGGAGAAGAUCUGGAGGGUUAAAGAAGAGGAGCAGGCGGAGGAAGAUCUCCCGAAAAAAGAGCAACCAGCAAUAGAGGCUAUCAUUCCCACAGCUUCCUGCCCUGCAGACGUUCCUCUUGCCCUAACUGUACCCAAACCCGUCCAUAAAGCGACCCCAAAACCUGGACCCAGACUCGGGCACAGACCUGGACCGAAAUCUCGCUCGAGGCCCGCUCCCAAGUCGCUCCAGAGACCCGGUCCUAAAAGUGUCAUGAGACAGCGUCUGGCAGCGCAGGCGGCAUUGCAGUGUGCCGCCGCUCAUCUCCCGCCGCCCGCCGUAGCGGUGCCACUUGUGAAAAAGGAGGUGCAGAUUUUCUCUCCCAACGGCCGGCGGUGUGGACGUUUUGUCGGAGUGAGGAAGAUCGUGGUCAAGGUGGCUCGCAUUCCCGUCAACCUCAGCCGGCGACAGAAAAGCUACAAGAUCUCCAAUUUGGAGACGAUUGCGGCACCAGAGAAGGGUAGCACCGGGACUGCGGAGGGCCCGGAAGUGGCUAAGGAGAUGACGGCGUUCCUCCGCAUGAAGAACAACGGCAAGAGCGUCAUCGUCAUGUUCCCGCCCGGAGAGCUGCCGCUUAUCAUUAAACGCAGGCGGGGGCGACCGCCCAAACAGCCGGUGGUGAUGGUACCAGGGGAGGCCCCAGCUCCUUGUGGUGACGGAGACCAGCUCAAAAAGCCCCGGAGGAGGCGGCGGACUAAACUCCCUUGUCCCUGUCCGUCGUACGUCGGUGACACGAAUGAUGUGAAGACCGAGUACGGAGACGUCCUAUCCAAACUGGCCUUUUUGAACCGCCAGCCGCCCACCACUGGCCGAUGCUCCCCCCCUCGCUGUUGGACGCCCAGCGAGCCGGAAAGCUUCCACACCCCGUCGGAGAACCCGGGAAUAUCCGCCCUGCUGCACCGGCUCACCGGGUUCAGACGGCCCCGGGGCAGCAGAGGAGGGGGCGCCGGGAGGGGUGGGGGCGCUGCAGGGGGUGCUGGGGGCAGCGAGCAUAAUAAGAGCGCCUUCUGUGACUUCUUUGAGUCCAUUGGAAAGAAGCGCAAACUGAGCCCACUCUCUGAGCAUGCAUUACCCAGAAAAAGGGGGAAGGGUGUUGGGGGUGUUGGUAGAGGAGGGGGUGUGGUCGGAACCGGGCUCGGGGGGGAGAAAACAGUAAGAAAGAGACGUGUGAGGAAAAACGGCACAUUGAAAGGGGAGGGGCUUUGCAUGGGACAGGACUGGCCCAAUGGUUCAGGGGGCUGGGGGGAGGAGGACACUGACAAACGGUACCAGCUCUGCGGCUCCACUAGGGGGGGCUUUCCCUCCUGUGAGGUUGGCAGGAGGGACGCCUACUGCCGCGGAAGCAAGGGGGUCCGGCAAGCCGGGGAGGACUCGCAAAGUCUGUUUGCAGGAUAUUUCCGAUCCCUGCUGGACUCUGAUGACUCGUCUGAACUUUUGGAGAUCUCGCAUUCAAAUGCGCGCAAAGCUUCAUCCGGUCACAGUUAUGAACCAUCCAGCCUGGCGACAGGUCACCGGUGGUCCCCAGCCCUCGCCAAAUGGGGACCCAACGUAGCAAGUUCUGUCGCGGAAGGUCCCACGCAGAUGCAUUGCUCCUCCGCCGGGCCGCCUUACAACUACGCCAACCAGACUCAAACGUCACCCACCCCUUCCAGCUACCCCAAAUCCACCCCUCCGUCCGUCUCGCACUCUCCCAGCUCCCCUCACCCUGCCGGCUAUGGCCACUACUCUCCCGCCUACGCCCCCCCCUCUUGCGUCGGGCCCCAGAGAUCCUCGGACUGCAGUUUUUCAUAUAGCAGCAGCGGCGGAAAAACCGGAGUUCACGACCGUGGUCAGAUGGGCUACUCUGGCUACCACGCGGCGGCCAGGAAGGGCUACGGUGGAAGUCCCACCGCAGGGCCCACGUCGCCAGGUGGAGGGUACAUGUCGGUGGCCAAAGGCAGCCCCUUUAACUCCUCGUCCUCGCCGGAGUGUUACAAACAGCACAACAGCAACCAGUGGAGCUUCAGACAAGCUUACGGUGGCUGGUCAGCAGACAAUUUUGGGCCUCAGGCUUACAGUGAGUACGGCUCCAAUGAAUCAAAGGACAUCUUGGACAUCUCCAACUACACCCCCCAGAAGGCCAAGAGACCCGCUUUCCCCGAGAGUCUGUCGGAAUCCUCCUCCGACUCCUCGCAUCCCGGCUCGGGGGCGGCUGGGAGUGGACCUCCUUCCAUGGGGGGCGUCUUAAAACAGAGCGAAGCGGUCGGCGGGGACGGGGCUCAGUCCAGCCUGUCCAGCCUGGAAAAGCUGAUGAUCGACUGGCACGAGAGCGCCUCGGCGCCCUCCUACAACUGGAGCCAGAAUGUCCUCUUCCAGGGCGGCGGGACCAGCAAGCUCGGCCGGGGGCGCAGGAAACGGACUGAACAGCCGGAAAAAGAGGGAGGCUCUGUUUUACACUUGGAUUCCCCAUCCAGUCCCUCACCAACACUCACUCCUAAGCGCGGAGGGGCCGGGGGACGGGGCCGAGGUUCCAGAGGAGGCAGAGGGGGGAUGUCCGGGUGCCCGAGAGAGCGUCUUUCGGGAUCCAAAGGCAGGGGGAAAGCUGCCCCGGCUUCUUCAAGUCUGGAGACUUCUGGUGUAUUCCAGGAGGGUCUGGACUAUUACAGCGGAGACAGUAGCAGCCUCUCUCCCUUGGCUACGCCCAAUUCCGCACCCCCUUCCAGCUACCUCCAGGACCCCUGCGAGUACCCAUCCCCUUAUUCCGCCAACCCCUCCACGCCAUCCUCUGAGGAGCGCUAUCCAGCCUUGUACCCCGGAGAGUCCUCCUCCUCCCUGUCACCCGGUGUGUCAUCUCCCCCUUACUCUGCCAAACCGCAGUCGUACCACCUUGUUUCCUCCAGAACCUUCUCCCCGUCCUGCUCCCCUGUACCGCGGGCAACAGCCCACUGCAGCUCGGCAAUGAGCCCCUCAUACCGCCCCCCUCCCAAAGAAGCGCCGUUCUCUCAGUACGACUCCCCCAGCUACUGCGGCUCGCCAUACUGGUACGGACAAACGUCGCACAGCAGCACCCCCAGCCCGAGUACCCACCCGCACACGAGUCCGCACGCCAACACUCACGGGAACCUGCUGGCGAGCCCCCACGCCAACAUGAACCCACCGCCUCACGACCCGCAGCAUCACCUGAGUUCCCACGCCAAACCCUAUGCCGGCAGCGCCCUCGCUCACACGCACGGCAACAAUCAGCCCCAUCACGCCACGCAGGCCGCCUCCCACUCGGCGCCCUUGCUCUACGACGAGUGCGGCGCCGCGACCGCCCACAAGCAAGAGCUGAUGCGGCGCCAGGGCCUGUUGACGCCACCGCCCUACACGAAAAGCGCCCUGGAGGAGGAUUCGGGCGCUUACUCCCUGUCCCAGCUUUCCUGCCAAGUCAUGGGGCACCGCUACCCGUCGCAGGCGUCGCAGCAAGGAGGCGGGGUGCUGUGCCAGCUUCUGGAACAGGGCCACGAUGACAGCUUUAGCGUAACCAGGCUGUAACAGCAGGUGUGCCGUUUAUACAUUUGUUUGAUUCCUCAAGAGAACAACAUUUGUUGAGGCCGCUAGUACAUUUUUAUGAGCUGCCCGUGUCGGAAAAUGUGUAAUAAAGGAAGCUGUGCAGA